AGAGAGAGAGAGAGAGAGAGGAAGAAAGGGAAUUUUCUAAAUACAGAGGUCAAAAGGAUUCAUUGAGAUUGAGAAUUAUGAGAAAUUAAAAAAAUAAUAAUUAAAAUUAAAAAGGGAAAAGGAAUUGAUUGGUAUCGAUCAUGUGGUUAAACCAUGGUUUUCUGGCCCUAGCUUCCGGUAACAGUGCCCAUCUCUUGAGGCGCGGCUCAGCCGGUAGCCGGUCGGAACCCACUUCUUUACGCAACCACCUUUGAAGAUUCUGCAAAUCCAGCGUUAAUGGCGGCUCCGAGGAAUCUGGUGCUGAGAGACGAAGAGAAGGCGGAGAUGAACAAUCCCGCGGCGAAGAAGAUGAAAUCCGAGAGAUAUCCUUUCUCACGGUGGGGAUUGACGGUGGCGUUAGGUAGUUUUUUAGUCUAUUCCGCCGCGCUCUUCUGCAUUUACCGUACAAUGCCGGCCGCUGAUUUCAAAUACAUUAAGCUUCCACGUUCGCUCGCCGAUCUUCGAAUGCUCAAAGAUCAUCUUGGAAGCUAUGCCAAGGAUCACACUGGACGGUUCAUUCUGGGAUAUUGUUCCACCUACAUAUUUAUGCAAACUUUUAUGAUACCUGGGACAGUUUUCUUGUCAUUGUUGGGUGGAGCUCUUUUUGGAGUUGUUAGAGGCCUUGUUUUAGUGGUUUUCAAUGCUACGGCAGGAGCUACUGCUUGUUUUUUUCUCUCCAACUUAAUUGGUAGACCUUUUGUUUCUUGGAUGUGGCCUGAAAAAUUGAAAACUUUCCAAUCUGAGAUAGCCAAGCAAAGAGAAAAGCUGCUUAAUUACAUGAUCUUUCUCAGGAUAACACCAACACUACCUAACAUUUUCAUAAACUUGGCAUCCCCCAUUGUCGAUAUACCUUUUCAUGUUUUCCUUUUGGCUACACUCAUUGGUCUUGUUCCUUCGUCGUACAUCAUGGUCAGGGCUGGUCUUGCUCUUGGGGAUCUCAAAUCUGUCAAGGAUUUAUAUGAUUUCAAAACCUUGACUCUACUUUUCUUCAUUGGUUCUUUGUCAAUACUUCCCACUCUUCUAAAGCGAAAGCAAACCUAUGAAUGAAGAAGAUUCUACAUACAGGAUUUUUCUUUUUACUAAUUCUAGUUCUAUAACCAUAACUUAUUAGAGGAUGUAGACAAAGAUUGGAGAAUCUAAGUCAAAUUAUGGGAGAGAUGUGAGAUUCAAGGAUUUUCCCCUACCCAACAGGAUCCAUCACAAUCUUCUGUGUUUAUCUAUUGAUGUGACUCCAAGGGUCUAAAGGCCAUUUGGAGCGUAAAUAAUGUUUCAUGUAUAUACACGAAAUGUCUAAUAUUUGAAUCUUUGAUAAUUAUGUAUUUUGAUAUACUAGAUAAUUAAUGUCUAGAAGUUAAAUAUGUA